ACCCUGAAGUUACUCCAGCUAUAGCCAUGACCAUAGGCCAGGCCAGGACAGUGUAAAACGCCGCUGGUGAACGCUGCCGCUUAACGGUACGAAUCGUGAGAGACGGCCGUGCGUCGCAACCAAAAGCGGUCGCCGUGGAGCCAAAACUGGAGACAUGCAAGGCAGCAGCUGGAGCUAGAGCUACGCGCUUAAAUGUUACUCCUACUACCUCCAGGCAGCGAGUGGAGUCAAGUGAGCUCGUUUUGGUUGCCUUCUCCGGCCGGGCAAAGCUCCUCCCCCUCACUCACCAACCUCUCGCUUUCACUCACUCUCAGCCUGAAGGGCUCGCUCUUGAAGGCCUGGGCGCUCCGGCCGGCAAUGUCGGCUCUUGUGCCCCCGCCGCCGGCAUUCCCGCCCCCGCAGAUGAUGUCGUACGGCGCGGCCGAGAGGGCGGCGGCAACGAGCGGCUCGUACGGUCCGGUGAUCGCCAUGCUGGCCGUCCUCGCCGUGCUCGCGGCGGUGGCCGUGGCCGUGGGGCGGUUCUGCUUCGGGCGCCGCGCGCUCGGCCGGGCCGGCGGCCACGACCUGGAGGCCUGGGUGGAGCGGAAGUGCGGGCCGUGCGUGGGCGCCGGCAUGCACUCCUCCGCCCCCGCCGGCGACCUGGCGAAGCAGGAGGAGGGCGACGGCACGGCGGAGCUGCAGGAGCAGCCGCCUGAAGGAACGGAGCCAGGGGAGUGCAGUGGCAGUGGCAGUGGCAGUGCUGGUCGGUCCUGAGGCCAAUUGGUCCUGCUGCACACUGUAAAUGGUUCCUUCAUUCUUCUCUUCGAAUUUGUGUUCGAUUGUUUCAAGUGGUGGUAGCUAGCAAUGUCUACGUUUAGUUCCGUAUUUGGAGCCUCCAUUUCCUCUUAGAAUUCCGUGGGAGUGAGGCUCGUAAUGUGUGUGCUGAUUUGAUGACUUGGUGCCUCCAGCAAAUGGCAAGCGAAACAGGGCUGAUUUGAUGUUUGAUUGAUACUCAAAUCGCCGUGUCUAAAA